AUGGAUUCGUUCAAGUUUUACGACGCGAGAGCAGAGAAAUCGAACGCGAUUCUGAGGCACCGGAGAUCGCGGAGGUUCACGGCCGUGUUCCGUUGCCUCGAGCUGCUCGUUUUCCUCCUAAUCGCGUCCAGAUUCUCGACUCGGUUCACCUUCGAUCUGAAUCUGUCGGCCGCGUGCUUCAGGGGGAUUUCGGUGACUCUAAUCAGCCCGAGAUUCGUGUUCCUCGUCGGGAACGCGAUCGUCGUCGCCUUGUUCCUGAUCUCUGGCCGGUUUUCCGGCGGCGGCGGGGCCGUGGAUUUCUACGAAGAGUACGCGGGAAGGUCGCGGAGCAGUCGGCGAAAGGUUCGGGAGGAGGAGAGGAAGGAAUUGGGCGGCGCGCGUGUGUACGGCGUAGUUGGUGGUGGGAGGAGGAUGGGAAGGUGCAGAUCUGAGGUUGUUGAGAGGGAAAAGUGGCGGCGGGAUCUGAGGCGGAGCGCGAGCGAGAAGUGCCGGAAAAGCGGAGGAGGCGGCGAGUGCGGGCGGAGGGCGGCGGAGGGUGGUGGCGGCGGUGCCAAGUAUGCUUAUGAUCUUUUUGCUCGGGUCGUUCUCACUGAUUGUCAGGCAGCUUCCACACCUCUUGAUUAUGAUGUCCUUCUUAUUCCACUUGAUGAUUCUCUUCUUGAGGAUCCUACAUUAUAUCGUCAGCUUGUUGAGAGUUGA